AUGGGAGACACUAAUUCUGUAGCUUAUGUGCCGUACAUCCCCCCUUCGCAGCGCAAAAAGUUAAAAUUAGAGAGACUUACUUCAAAACGAGAAGCAGCUGGAUUAUCUAUCUCAACUCUUAACUCUAAUAAAUUACAUAAGAAGGAAUCUAAAGAUUUUGAAGAAGAACCCAAAAUUGGGCCACAAGCGAAACUUAGUCUUUUGGAUCAAACAUGUGAGCUAAGAAAGAAAGCAGCUGAAUUUCACGAAAAUGAAAUCCAGAAGCUUGCAAAAAUAGAGGCUGACUUAUUAAAAAAUGUUACCGCUAAGAAAGCCUUAAUGUCUGCGCAGGAUAUUGCAAAGGGAGUUAAAUAUGAGUCGAGCAUAAAAACAAGUUGGACUCCUCCUAAGUAUCUUGCUAGAAUGUCUAAAGAAAAGUGCGAUAAGCUCCGAAAGCGAUGGCACAUUGAAGCUGAAGGUGAGGAUAUACCGCCUCCUAUAAAAACUUUUGUGGAAAUGAAGUUUCCAAAGCCCAUCUUGAGAGCUCUAAAGAAAAGAGGCAUUAAGAGACCCACACCGAUCCAGAUGCAAGGCCUUCCUGUCGCUCUGAGCGGAAGGGACUUGAUAGGAAUCGCUUUUACGGGCUCCGGUAAAACAAUGGUUUUCUGUUUGCCGAUGGUCAUGCUAACUCUGGAGCAAGAGAAAAGGAUGCCUUUUAUAGGCAGCGAGGGUCCUUACUGUCUGGCCUUGGCACCGUCCCGCGAAUUAGCGAGGCAAACGUAUGAGAUUGUCAGCGGCUUUACCAGCAUAUUGCAUCGCAAGGAUUUUCCUCUGAUCCGAACGUCCCUCUGCAUGGGCGGAGUUUCAUUGAGAGACGCUACUGAGAAUCUAAAGCGAGGGCUUCAUAUUUGCAUUGGAACCACUGGAAGAGUCAUGGAUAUGCUCGACAAGAAGGUCAUGAAUCUUGAUAUCUGCCGGCUGCUAGUCCUUGACGAGGCCGACAGAAUGAUCGACGUCGGUUUCGAGGAUGACAUGCGCACAAUAUUUUCUUAUUUCCAGUAUCAGCGGCAGAUGCUUUUGUUCAGUGCGACGAUGCCUCAGAAAGUUAAAGACUUUGCCGCUACUGCUCUCGUGCGGCCGGUGAUUGUGAAUGUUGGCCGCGCAGGGGCAGCCAACUUGGACGUCCUGCAGGAAGUCGAGUAUGUGAAGCAGGAAGCAAAGAUUGUUUACUUGCUGGAAUGCCUUCGCAAAACGGCCCCGCCAGUUUUGAUUUUCGCGGAGAACAAGUCUGACGUUGAUGAUAUUCACGAAUAUUUAUUGCUUAAAAAUGUUGCUGCUGUCGCUAUUCAUGGUGGGAAGACCCAAGAGGAGCGCGAUUACGCCAUAAAGUCUUUUAGAGAAGGGAAGCAAGACGUCAUGGUGGCUACAGACGUUGCAGGAAAAGGUUUGGACUUUCCGAACAUUCAACACGUUAUCAACUUCGACAUGCCAGAAGAAAUAGAAAACUAUGUCCAUCGGAUCGGCCGCACAGGAAGAAGCGGAAGGACCGGCCUGGCCACUACGUUCGUUAAUAAUAACGUGGACGAAUCGGUUCUUUUAGAUUUGAAGCACCUUUUAACGGAAGCAAAGCAAAAAGUUCCCGAUUUCCUGCUAAAAAUUGUUAGCGACCUUGACAAGCACGAGGUGAUUGGAGGCGUGCGUGGUUGCGCGUACUGUGGAGGACUCGGGCACAGAAUCACUAAUUGCCCCAAACUGGAGGGUGACCAAUCAAAGAAACUCUUAUCCAAAAAGGACUUUCUUGCGGGCAGGGAUGAUUAUUAGUAUCAAUAAAGA